AAAACGCAGUCUUAUAAUUGUUUUCAUUGACUUGCACCGUAUCAGCGGAAUUUCCAAUAGAUUCUGAUUAAAUACUAAAAAUGAAAGGACAAUAACCCAAUGUUUAUAUAUAGAUCUAUUAUCAUUAUUUAUGUCUUGACUAGAUCUAGAUCCAAAUCUAUAAAUUAGUGCAAGAUUCACUUUAUAAACGUUUAUCUAGGCCUAGUAAAGUAAUGAGAUUAAGAUUAAUUAUUGAUCUCUCUGCUAGUCUAGUAAAUUUAUAAACAGAUGUGUAUAUAGCCUAUUUAUUUUAUUAGCUCGUUAAUUAAGUGAAAAUUUUAAAGGAACAUAUGGUUACAUGGCAACUAGACUAGAAUAGGUAAUAAUAAUAAGGCUUGUCUUCGAGACUGACUAGUAAACAAGUCUGUGUAGCAUUACGUAUGGGUCAGUGCAGUGUACAAGUAAGCUAGCAAUGAAUACCAACAGACUCUCAUACGGGAAUAGAUCUAGAAACAAUCGACUCUCGACAAGUCAUCAGAUGUUGAAUCCUGAUGGGUUACAAGACAAUGACUAUUAUAUGAAUGAUCAUUCUGAUGCUAGACCUGGACAUCCACAUCAGAGCUUCAGAGGAUCAUUUCAACCUGGAACUGCCAGAGGUCGAGGUCGUGGUAACAGUUCCAUGGGCCGCCAUGGACAGAGGAUAAAUGCUCUAGACAUGAAUGGUAGCAGGCCCGAUUUGAUGUCAAUAGAUACUAGAAGUGCCCAGAGUCCCGUUUCCAACAUAUCCCAUUUAGUUACAUCCGCUAGACAGGAUACAGCUCUCUGUGUUACAUCAUCUUCUAGGACUUAUACAUCACGCUCUGCUGCAUCAUCCCAUUGGUCAGAUCCGCCUAGCACUCACAAAUCUACAAAAGCUGCUAUUCAGAUUUCUCAUCGCUUUAAAGAUGUCGACGAAGUGAUAGCUACAAUCAAACAACAUUUUGCCAACGUAGGAACACUUCGGCUGGAAGAAGAGACAAUAUUUAGAGGUGGUAGAACAACCCGAUGCACUGUAGUGCUGACCACUGAAGCUCAUCAGCCUGACAAAAAGAUCCUAGAAAACAUGUGCAAGGCAAUGAGUGGGACAUUAAACAAAAAAGUGGAAUUCUUUAUUGACACUGAGAACAGAUCCAGGGACAGGAAGUCACCUGAUCACGUGACACAUAAUAACAGAGAAGAAGAGAUAAAGGAAAACAUUAAAAAAAUACUACAACAAAUUGAAACCAAGACUGGGUCAACUAUUCAAAAACAUGAACAGAAACUCGAGGAACAAACAAAAAGAUACAAAGAGUUCAGCGCAAAGACGAGCGAGGAUAACUCUGCUGAAUUAAUGGCUUUGAAAGAUAAAAUGGAAGAACAGCAAAAACAGUUAGAAAUGUUUCUUGAUUGGAAUUCUGAAUUGAACAAAAAGCUGCACAAUCUGGAACCAACUAAAACAUCUGAAGUAGAAGUAAUUGCCCUUUCACGAAAGGUUGGAAUCGAGUGUCAGAGACUUGAUAAUGCACUUCCAAUGUAUGCCAGGAGACAAGACAUAAUAGAGAAAGUGACAUCAAACCAAGUCUCUGUCAUUCUUGGAGAGACAGGCUCUGGUAAAAGCACCCAGCUGGUUCAAUAUCUUUAUGAAGCUGGACUGGCCAAGACAGGACCAAUCGUAUGCACUCAGCCCAGAAAAGUAGCAGCGAUAACAUUGGCAGAAAGAGUAGCAAAAGAAAUGGUGGUCAAUGUCGGUCAACUUGUUGGAUACAAAACUGGUAUCAAGAAAAUGAUUUCAAAACGGGGCGACACAAAAAUUAUAUUUUCAACAGAUCAUUGCCUACUGAAUGAAUGCCUAAAAGAUAAACAUUUCUCUGGCUAUUCCUGCAUCAUUGUAGAUGAAGCCCAUGAACGAAGUAUUUAUACAGAUCUAUUACUCAGCAUGAUCAAAACAUGUUUACCUAAAAGACCUGACCUGAAAGUUAUUGUCACAUCUGCAACCAUUGACCCUGAAAUAUUCAUCCAAUAUUUUCAUUCGACUCCUGAGUUGCGUGUGUCUGGUAGGAUGUUUCCAGUUGACAUUGUUUACGAUGACUGUGACACUGAUGUGGAGUUUGAGGACCACGAAAGAAAAGCUGUAGCUAAGGCCAUUGAAGUCCACAGACAUGAAGAGCCAGGCGAUAUUUUAGUCUUUCUUACCUCCCCUGUAGAAAUUAUGAAAUGCUGUGAAGAAUUCCAGAAGCAAAUGCGAGGAGUAACCAAUUUUAAAUGUUUUCCUUUGCAUGGACAACUUCCACCCGAAGAACAGAAGAAAGUAUUUGAACCUUUGCCAGAUGGCAUUAGAAAAAUUGUAUUUGCCACAAACAGUGCUGAAACUUCGAUCACUAUUGAUGGGAUUAAAUAUGUGAUUGACACUGGGGUUGCUAAGGAAGUCAAAUAUGAUGCCAAGAAAAACAUUAAUGUUCUGGGAACUCAUGUCAUCAGCAAAAGUUCAGCAGAUCAAAGAAAAGGUCGAGCAGGAAGAACUUCAAGUGGAAAGUGUUUCAGACUUUAUUCUGAAAGUGGAUACAAGUUAAUGGAACCUUCUAGUAAACCAGAAAUACUUAGAGUUCAUUUAGGCCAAGCAGUUUUAAAGUUGGCUGCUCUAGGCAUUGAUUGCCGAUAUUAUGAUUUUGUAGAAUCCCCAGGACAAGAUGCUAUUGAUGCUGCUAUGUCUACUUUGAUUCAUCUAGGUGCCAUGUCUAAUGAUGGGAUAACAGAACUUGGAAAGUGGAUCAAUAAACUGCCUUUUGAUCCCAGACAAGGUUUUCUUAUUUAUCAUGGAUUCAAACGAAAUCUUCUCUAUGAUUCCAUAGUCAUAGCUUCAUUGUUAAAUAAUGGAAGUAAUAUGUUCUAUAAAGGGAUCUCAGAAACAGACCAACAGAAAUCUUCCAAAACUAAACUACACUAUGGUUCGCAAGAUGGAGAUGUAUUUACUUGGCUGGAAGUGUAUAAAGAUUGGACCAAUGUACCUAAAAAAUCACAAUCCAACUGGUGUAAGGACAAAAGCAUAAAUUACAAAGUUGUCACUUACACCAAACAAAGUGUGGAUGAAAUGAUUCAAAUACUUAAAAAGGAAGCUGAUAUUCAUGUAGAAAGCUCCUUUGGUGACAUUAUAUCAGUAACAAGUUUCUUUCAAAAACUGAUAUUCCAGGCCUACAUCUUCUCUUUGUCUCAUUAUUUAGGUCACUUUAGAGCUGGUUAUUAUGCCCUGGAAGUAGAAAAACAAGUCCACUUUCAUCCCUCGUCCAGUCUUACAAGUCUCAAUGCCAAACCUGAAUGGAUUGUUUACACUGAAUUCAUGAAGACAACCAAAGAUUUUAUUAAAUGUAUCUCCAUCGUUGAAGAGGGCUGGGUACAGGAAGCAUUGCAAGAAAAGAAAUUAUCUUUUGACAUGGAAGAAGUUAAAAGACGAAAGAUUGAAAUUGUUCUCAGAGAAGAGAUUGGAUUAACGAUGUUUAGACAUUUAGUUGGUCCAAAGUAUUUACAUUUACGUGAAUUGGAAGAAGAACUUUCUAACAGUGGAAUGUCAACAGUUGUAGUAGAAGCUGACAGAGAAAUGGGAACCAUUGAUAUUUAUUCCUCGUCUCCAAUGAAUUCUCAAGUUGCUGACGACAUUAAACAUUGCAAACAAACAAUUUUACAAACUCUAGUUCUAGAAGAAGAUGAGAUUCCUCUGUUAAAAAACACCAAUGGCUCGGAUAAAACUGGAUUUCGUGUGGUCUUGGGUCAAGGAGCAGAAGUCAAAUCCUUGUUGAUGCCAGAUGAAAGUAACCAAAUAAUUAUACGGAACAGUUCUUUUAGAACAACCCAAGAAGAAAUACGACACAAGUUUUCUGCUUUUGGUGAAAUUGUUGAAUGUAUUAAAUUCAAAAGUUCAAACCCUUGGGGCUUCCUUAGAUACAAGAACAAACAGGAAGCCAAGAAUGCCGUGGAGUUGACUAAGGAAGAUGACAAUAAUGUUGCCUCUUUGAAAACGGAGUUUGAAAGAACAAGAGCUCAAAGUAAAUUUGAAGCUAAAGUGACGUGGUGCAGACGACCAAUCAAAGGCAAUGGAACAGCUUUUAUUAAAUGUUCUCCUAUAGACCAAGCUUCACUCUUGGGACAAUAUAUUGUUUUAACUCAUGGUCGAUGUGAAAUCAAACUGUCAAGAGAGGGCCAAGACUUGAUUUGCUUUCGAACUGGCAAAGCUCAUGAACGCGAGAUUGAGAACAGCAUUCUUCUGUUAGUUGGCAAUGAUAGAAGAAUAGCAAGACAACUAUUUGUGAGUGUGAUCCGAGACAAAGUGGAGACUUGGAACGACGAAGUCAAAGAUAUGACAGCUCUUCUUACAAAUGAAUUGAGGCGUUUUUGUAGAGAUUUACAACUACCAAACAAUAUAUUUCAAAUAAAUCUUCUCAAACCAAAGCAUCAAACUAUAAAUUAUACAGGAUUCAUCCAUUUUGAUAAAAUAUCAGAAGGGGAACAACUGUGUCAGUACAUGUUGAACAGACUAGCAAUCCAAGGAAAUCAAGUAGAAAUUUAUCCUAGUCUAAAGACAACUUUACACAUCUCAAAAUCUAUUAUGACUUCCAGCCAAGCUGAUUUUGACGAAAUUACUGAAUACUUACAAAGUGAGAACCAAGUGGAGGUAAAGAUCAGAAAAUUGACGCUCGGAGACUUUGCUGUUGACAUUCGAUCUAAAUCAGCCACAUGUUUAGUCCAAGCAAGAGAUUUAUUCCAGAAAAAACUGGAUGGCGAGAUUAUUGACUGCAGCGUUUCUGAUCUCACACGAAAUAUUUUGAAACAUGAAGGUAAAAAGUUCUUGAAGACAAUAGAAGAAGAAGUGGGAGUUUUAAUUGUUGUCGAUGACAGGAAACAAAGGAUUCACUUGUAUGGUUCAAGUGCAAAGGUUACCAGUUGUACUAUAAAAAUAAAUGAAUUUCUUGAUAAGCUUAUCAAAGCUAAAAAAUCUGUCCUACUCUUAAGUGGCAAUGAAAAGCCACAAGGUUUAAUGAAAGAGAUAAUGAAAAGGUUUGGUGAUUUGCCAAAUGGAAUUAUUGAACAUUUUCAUUUGAUGGAUGCAAACAUUGAUUUCAAGCAGCAGAAAUUGUCUAUUUUUGGAUCACCUGGAGCUGUAACACAAACAGAAAAUGAAAUCGCAGCGAUAGAAAAAGAUUUGGCUUUAAGAGCUCAGCAACUGGCAGAGAAAUGGUUGCCAGAUUGUGUAGUAUGUAUGUGUCCUGUUGAAAGUUGCACUGAACUGUAUAGAUUAGAAGGCUGUGGCCAUAGUUACUGCCACACUUGUCUGAAAGCAAUGGUCAGUGUUGCCGUUGAAGACAAACAAUUCCCCGUAGACUGUGUCAAAGAAAAUUGUUCACUGGCUUUAGUUUGGAAAGAUCUAAGAUUCUGUUUGAAACAAAACUGGAUCAGCGAAUCGAAACUCGCCCAACGCUCACUAGACUCUCUGGUGGCUACAAACAGCAGAAGAUAUAAAUACUGCAAGACUGCCAACUGUCCAGUUGUAUACGAAGUUACAGAAGAUGAACAAAGUCAUGAAUUUAAUUGUCCAGCUUGUCUAAUUAGCUUGUGCACAAGUUGUCACUCCAAUUACCACGUCGGUGUCUCUUGCAAAAUGUUUGCCAGCCAACAAGAAGCAGAUUUACAGUUUGAACUGUGGAAAAAAUCGGAUCCCAAAAAUCGUAAAUUGUGUCCAGAAUGUCGUGCCCCUAUUGAGAAAACUGAAGGCUGCAACCACAUGACGUGCGGAGCUUGUCGUGCUCAUUUCUGUUGGAUCUGCCAGGAGACCUUUAUUAAUGACUCGGACUGCUACAAACAUCUUAGAAAUAUUCACGGGAGCAUUGGUUAGACUUUGCUGCAGAUAACUCUCUGAAAUAUUCUUGAACAUGUUUCAAUAGAAAAUUAUUUCACUUCAUUUGUAUAACUUCUCUCUUCGAUGUAUUGGAAAUACAGAUUUUUUUUUGCAGAUGUAUAAUAUAAUGGAUCCGCAUGUUGACUAUGAGAGAAAUUCAUCCAUAAAAUGUACUUUUAGCUUUUUAUUCUCUCCUUCACACAAGACAAACAUGUAACCUCAGUUAAUGGCUUUUACUCUACGAUACUUUUGUUUUCCUAUGCUUAUUGUCUGUAACCUCUUUUCCAACCAUAUACUAUACUUAUAUAACUAGACAAAAUGAUAAACUUCUAUCAACCGAAAGGAUACACCUAUACUUUUUUUUUUCUCGGAUUCGGAAAAAUGACUAAUCAUUAAAUAUAGAUGGUUUACCUGUAAGCCGCUUGUGUUAAACAGAAUUAAAUAUAGAUGGUUUACCUGUAAGCCGCUUGUGUAAAACAGAAUUGGAUAUUGCGAAAAUUGUUUCCAUUCACAGUACUUAAAAGUAGCAAAUGAGUUUUAAAUGAGAUGUAUUACACCUUAUUAAACCAUCACCAUCAUUUACCUCUGGACUUGCGUCGUAGUGGAGCUGUGACAGUUCGCGUAACCAAAGCCCUCCACUUUUCCCCAUCAGCAGCAGUUCCUAGCAGGAGGUCUGUCCAUUCGUUUAGGUGACCUUUUCACGACCCCUUCUUCGUGCUUCCUCCACCGUACCUUGAAGUAAGAUUAUUGAAAAGGAUUCAUGUCUAACAAUAUGACCUAAUCAUGUCAGCUUUCGGCUCUUCUAGAUCAGAGGUUCUCAAACUUUUUUAACCCGUGGGACACAUUUAAAUAGUCAAAACCUGCCCACGGACCCCUAAUUGAAAAAUCUACAUAAAUUCAUAUUAUAUAAGUAACAAAUCUUUUUCUAUUUUAAAUGGAGUGUUUAUUGAGAUUAUAACUUUUGUUUAAAAUAUUUAAAAAAAAAUGACUUGAAUGAGGUUCAUGGCAUUUUAAAACUGUAAGUACGGCUCAAACUUCUUUACAAUAACCCGUAAUGCGGAUUUUGUGAUAGCCUUGAAAUGAAAAAGCUCGUUCAGUUGUAGAUAUUCCAAAAGGGUUUCACACCCAGUCGGGUAUAUUCAAGUUAAGAAUGUCUUCAGAUUUUCGAUUGAGGUCGUUUAAUAGACAUAUUAAACAGUAGUGAUGGACCAGGUGAUUAUUCAAGUUAUCCGAUCAGAUUAACUGUCUUUUAAUUGUAGACCAUUUUUUCUGCAGACGUUUUGCGGACCCUAUUCUGUGAAUGAAACGCUGCUGUUUUUUUGUUGUUGUUUUUUUAGUUAGAAUUUAUUUACACAUUGUUAUAGUCUAGUCUUCUAAUUUUAAUAGUAAGUUCAUUGUAUUAUCUUAAGUCAAUCAUUUUUUAGUUGUUUAACUAUUCAGUGUUUCUAUAUACUAUUUAAGUUCUAAAUGAGAGAUGUAUGUUUCUUAAUGUGAAAUCGUUAGUCACACGUACAUACACACACAUCUAAUAUCUAUACAUAGUAAAUCUAAGAUAUAUUUACAAGAAUUUUAUUUUUAGUUUACCCCAUUUCUAAUUUAAUAAUUAUAAUUUAAUAACACUGAAUUAUGAAUGAAGAAAAAAAUGGCCUUCUUACAUAUAUACUGGAUAAACCCUUAAGAUGUGUACUAGGCUACAUGCCAAAAACGUCUAGAGAAGUCUUGGUUUAUUUUUAGGUAUUAUUAUUUAGAAAACUGGAUUUAUUUAUUUCUAUAUUUAAUAGACUUGAUGUAUUUCUUGUGUGUAUUACUUAUGUGUGUAUUACUUAUGUGUGUAUUACUGAUGUGUGUAUUACUGAUGUGUGUAUUAUUGAUGUGUGUAUUACUGAUGUGUGUAUUACUGAUGUGUGUAUUACUUAUGUGUGUAUUACUUAUGUGUGUAUUACUGAUGUGUGUAUUACUUAUGUGUGUAUUACUUAUGUGUGUAUUACUGAUGUGUGUAUUACUGAUGUGUGUAUUACUGAUGUGUGUAUUACUGAUGUGUGUAUUACUUAUGUGUGUAUUACUGAUGUGUGUAUUACUUAUGUGUGUAUUACUGAUGUGUGUAUUACUUAUGUGUGUAUUACUGAUGUGUGUAUUACUUAUGUGUGUAUUACUGAUGUGUGUAUUACUGAUGUGUGUAUUACUGAUCACAUUAAAAUUACGUCAAAGUUCCUUUUCAGACCUUGCCAUCUGUUGAAUUGUAGAACAUAGAAAACUUUAGUUUUGGAAUACCGGGUCUUCAGUUUCUUUGUGUUUGUCUCAUGUAAUACAUUGUGUUUGUCUCAUGUAAUACAUUGUGUUUGUCUCAUGUAAUACACUGUGUCUGUCUCAUGUAAUACACUGUGUUUGUCUCAUGUAAUACACUGUGUUUGUCUCAUGUAAUACAUUGUGUUUGUCUCAUGUAAUACACUGUGUCUGUCUCAUGUAAUACACUGUGUCUGUCUCAUGUAAUACAUUGUGUUUGUCUCAUGUAAUACACUGUGUCUGUCUCAUGUAAUACAUUGUGUUUGUCUCAUGUAAUACACUGUGUUUGUCUCAUGUAAUACAUUGUGUUUGUCUCAUGUAAUACACUGUGUCUGUCUCAUGUAAUACACUGUGUCUGUCUCAAGUAAUACAUUGUAUUUGUCUCAUGUAAUACAUUGUGUUUGUCUCAUGUAAUACACUGUGUCUGUCUCAUGUAAUACACUGUGUUUGUCUCAUGAAAUACAUUGUGUUUGUCUCAUGUAAUACACUGUGUCUGUCUCAUGUAAUACACUGUGUCUGUCUCAUGUAAUACAUUGUGUUUGUCUCAUGUAAUACACUGUGUCUGUCUCAUGUAAUACAUUGUGUUUGUCUCAUGUAAUACACUGUGUUUGUCUCAUGUAAUACAUUGUGUUUGUCUCAUGUAAUACACUGUGUCUGUCUCAUGUAAUACACUGUGUCUGUCUCAAGUAAUACAUUGUGUUUGUCUCAUGUAAUACAUUGUGUUUGUCUCAUGUAAUACACUGUGUCUGUCUCAUGUAAUACACUGUGUUUGUCUCAUGAAAUACAUUGUGUUUGUCUCAUGUAAUACAUUGUGUUUGUCUCAUGUAAUACACUGUGUCUGUCUCAUGUAAUACACUGUGUCUGUCUCAUGUAAUACACUGUGUUUGUCUCAUGUAAUACACUGUGUCUGUCUCAUGUAAUACAUUGUGUUUGUCUCAUGUAAUACACUGUGUAUGUCUCAUGUAAUACACUGUGUCUGUCUCAUGUAAUACAUUGUGUAUGUCUCAUGUAAUACACUGUGUCUGUCUCAUGUAAUACACUGUGUCUGCUCAUGUAAUACACUGUGUUUGUCUCAUGUAAUACAUCUUCUCAAACUUGAUCUUCUUUGGGUGGCGUUAAACAAGUUAUUUUGUAAAUACAAUAUUAUUGUAAUUUUUGCCAUUUCUUUAAAAAAACAAACUUGUAUCAAUGUUUUUGGAAUUUGUUCCACUGCUGAGUGAUUGAAACGAAUGUUGACUUGUUGAUAUUCCUUUUACUUCGUAGGGGUUCAAUGUUUUCUCGCCAAUCCAAACUUGAAGCUACAUCUGAUGUUGAUAAAACCAUGAUAUAACUAUAUGUUUAGGUUGGGAUGGGGAGUCAAAGGACAUGUAUUCAUAGAAAGGAGCUAUUAUAUUUUUAUGUUCGGACAAGUGCUUGCAGCAGACGAUCAUAUUUCUUUUAAGAAUAGGUUACUUCUAUAUAUGUGCAUAUAUAUAUAUAUAUAUAUAUAUAUAUAUAUAUAUAUAUAUAUAUAUAUAUAUGUGUGUGUGUGUGUGUGUGUGUGUUAUUUAUUGACAAGCUUUGUUUAACUUGCCGAAGAGGCGGUCAGUGCUUUGUUGGUAGAUAUUUGAAUUCAUUGACCUUUAUAGACUAUGAAGAGCUUUAAUUUUUUAACUGUGAUGUAUUGUGUAGUUUAUUUAUAUUGUUAUAGGCCUACGGGUCUAUAGAAAGAUGUUUACCUCAUUUCUUUUUCCCGUAAGCAUUGUCAGCAUUCUUUGAAGUGUUUCAUUCGAGCAAUGUGAUCUAGAGUGAACACAAAGUUGUGGAACUCAACAACACACUGAACGUUUCACAUGAAUUUAUUUUAUUUUCUAUUCUACUUGCUUGCUGGGUGACAAAUAAAUGAGCAGGUCUUAAAA